AUGGAGCAAAUAGAUCCAUACAACCCCGCUGUUUUUCCGGGAAUAUUCCUUACUAUUGGCCUUGGAAUCGUUGGGAUAUUUGGAAACGCAAAUAUUGUUUGGGCUUCCGUAAGGAAUCGGUAAGGUCAUAGCAAAGAUGCCGAGUAGAAUAGUUGGCCAAACGUUGAGGCAACGUCUACAAGUCGUUUCGAAACGGAACUUGCCACGGUUUGUUCAAAAAAAAAUAAAUAAAAGCUUAUAGACUUAAAGUUAUUUGCGCCUAAGUUUGUUGGCAAGAAACAGGAUGCAAUAAUUACCGCGUAUUCCAGCCGUCUACGCUCAACCUGCAAUACGAUUAUCGCCGUCACGGCCUUGUCUGACAUCUUUCACCAAGCAGCUCACCUUGUUUUUGCUUACUGCUACCUAUCCGGAAAUCCAUUCCUUUCCAUUGAGACCGCUUUUUACAUUUUUCUUAUUCCGGCGUUCAACAUGUGUUUCGGCGCUUUCUUGGUCUUAUCCAUUGGAAUCGACCGGUUGUUCUGCGUGUCCUUCCCUUCAUUGUGAGCAUUACAAACAAACCCCAAUGAAAUUUUCAGAUACAGCAGGGUGGAGUCCAACAUGUAUCUCGUUCUGACCAUGAUACCUCCAGCAGUUUACAGUAUUAUAAUACUAUAUCAAUGUUAUAUCCAAGUAGAAAAAUUUAAAGAACGGUAAGACGAAAGUUCAGCCUUUGAAACAUCGAUGGCAUAUUCUAUUUUCCAGGCUCAUAAUUGCAAUGAUAGCCGAAAUUUUUGUCGGUGACUCUCACUACUAUUGCAACGUCUCUCAAGCAAUUGUAUACCUUUUGAGCAUCAUUGUGUAUACCAGCUUAUGGAUUGUUGUCAGAAAAAAGUCUGCAGAAGUAUCGACUAAAAAAUUGGUCAAGUCGCUGAGCUUUAUAAUGCUGUCCCUUCUGGUGGGUUGGCUGUUCGUUGGAGUGUUCACAACAGUCUACGGAAGAACGCACCCCAAUAUAAGUCAUGCCGAUUCGUACUUCUUCCAUAUGAACAUUGGAUGGCUGAUUAAUUUAGGGAUAUCGGCAAACUACUUUAUAUAUUUUGCUUUCAAGUAAGUGCUUGUAGAUAAGCUACGCAAUUUCACAGUGACGAAUAUCGACGUGCAUUUUCCGGACAGCUAAGAAUAUUGACGUGCGGAAGAUGGGUGGCUCAGCGAUCGGGAUCUGUCGGUGCGACGUUCGUUACUUCUCACACCCCUACCUUUUAA